UUCUCUUUCUCCGACCCCGCGGCAGCCGCCGCAGCCGCAGCCUCCUCGCCACCAUGGGGAAGUCAUUCGCUAACUUCAUGUGCAAGAAGGACUUUCAUCCCGCCUCUAAGUCCAAUAUUAAAAAGGUAUGGAUGGCAGAACAGAAAAUAUCUUAUGACAGGAAGAAACAAGAAGAAUUAAUGCAGCAAUAUCUUAAAGAACAAGAAUCUUAUGAUAACAGAUUGCUUAUGGGAGAUGAACGUGUCAAGAAUGGUCUAAAUUUUAUGUAUGAAGCGCCACCUGGAGCAAAGAAAGAAACCAAAGAGGAGGGAGAAACUGAUUACAAAUUUGAAUGGCAGAAGGUAGCUCCACGUGAAAAAUAUGCUAAAGAUGACAUGAACAUUAGAGACCAGCCAUUUGGCAUCCAGGUGAGGAACGUGAGAUGCAUUAAAUGUCACAAGUGGGGCCACGUAAACACAGACCGGGAAUGUCCUUUAUUUGGCCUUUCUGGAAUUAAUGCAAGCUCCGUUUCCAGUGAUGGCUCAGGGCCAUCGAUGCACCCCUCAGAGCUAAUAGCGGAGAUGAGAAACAGUGGGUUUGCGCUGAAACAAAAUGUACUGGGGAGAAACUUGACCGCAAAUGAUCCAUCCCAGGAAUACGUUGCAAGCGAGGCAGAAGAUGACCCAGAAGUAGAAUUUCUGAAAUCCUUGACAACGAAGCAAAAACAAAAACUUUUGAGAAAACUAGAUCGCCUAGAGAAGAAGAAGACGAAGAAGAAGAAGAAAGACAAAAAGAAGAAAAAGCAGCAGAAGCGAAAAAGUAAAAGUAAACACAGAAAACAUAAGAGCAGCAGACCCUCUUCCGCAUCCUCCAGCGAGUCUUCAGCAAGCAGCAGCGACACUGAGACCAGCAGCAAAGACAAAGCCCCCUGCAGAAAAUUAGAUUCUCAGAAAAAAAGGAGAACCCGGUUUUCCGAGUCUGACAGCAGUGAUUCUGAUGAUGAGAAGGGGAAGGAAAAACUUUACAGAGAUCCCUCCGGCAGACAUGGUAACAAGGACAAAGAUAGAGAGAAGAACAACAAAUGGGGCUCCGGUGAGAGCAAAAGAAAUCCCGCAGGCAGAAAGGAAAACUCAGAGGGGAGAAAAGAAUCGGAACAACCCGGACAUGUAAGCAGGAGCCACAGCAAAGGGGAGAGGAGCAGCAGGCAGAGCUCUGAUUCAAGGCAGCGGGUUUACUACAGUCAAAGUGAGGAACGAGACAAGAGUAAGGAAGUAAAAAGCCACAGUUCAGAGGUAAGCAGAGAGCAAAGGAAGCGUAAAGAGAGCCACCCUGAUGAAUACAGCAAGAGGGAGCACCGAGAAAGAAGCAGAGAGAGGAGAAAAUAGAGAAAGUGGGUGGUGCGUGCAUUUUUUUCCCCUUUCUUUUUUUCCCCCAACACCUCUUGGGAAGGGCUCCUACGUCUCAGAAAAUCUCAGCCUCACACUUCAAACAUUCUUGUAUACUUACGUUGUAUCUAUCAUAUAAGCAGUAAAUAAACACAAACCAGGUUUUUC